AUGCCGCCGAGCCGCGGCGAGAGAAGCUCCAUGUCGAGAGGGUGCUUUAGCGUCGAACGCCAACUCAUCCUCGCUAUUGCCAUACUCGCCACACACUCACUCCUUUCCGUCAUCGUCGCCGGAUCGAAUCUCCCCCCCGGCGGCUGCGACGCGUGCCGCCAGCUGCGCGGGCUGGAGGACGCGGGGGUGAACGCGCGCAGCCUGCACCGCCACGCUGCGCUCGUCGGCAACUUCAAGGGGCUCUUCCUCAGCCAGCGCGGCAAGUUCACGAACCACGCCAGAGGAUCCGGCCCCGUCAAUCUCGAGGUUUUCCAGGAAGUUGGUAACCAUGUAGCUGUCGUCGACGGCGAAGCUGGCGACACUCUUGAAAAAUGCUGCGCUGCAUGCAAGCGAACAGCCGCUUGUGACCUGGCGGAGGCAUCUGGUGACGUGGCGUAUGCUGCGGCCCCGACAUCCAACCCUGCCUUUGGCCAGAUGUCAACAGCAGCUGCUGCUGAUGCUGCUGCUGCUGCCAGGAAGGAAGCUGAGAAGAGAGCAACUGCGGCUGUUGUGAGGGCUGCUCUUGCAAGCACUGGCAAUGAACUGAGUGGUGUGGUGGAAGGAGGAGAGGGCGAGACGGAGGGAGCACAGGCAGCUAUCAGGGAAAUUGGGUUUGUGUGGGUGGCGGGUGGGCUGCAUUCCCUCCGCAUGGCUGUAACACCCAUGGUAACCGCUGAGAACAGCGACAGCAAUGUCCCAGAUGCUGCCAGUACUUUGUUGUCCCUUCUGGACCUGGAUGGCAUGCCGUUGCCGCCCCCAAAAGCAAUGGGCGAUCGGGUGACUGGAGCAGGAGGGCUGGUACUUAGCAGAGUGGCAGAGGAGAGGGAGUGGCCUGUGAACAUGGUGAAGUAUAGAGUUGAGAUCGAGGGGUUGAUGGUGGUGGAGGUGCGGGCGAGCAUCGUGCGGGGAGAAGGGGAUGCGGGUGUAGGGCACCUGUCUGUGAAGCUGAUGAAGGUUAAGGUUUCUCCCACGGUCAAUGGACUUCUGGGUAGCGCAAUCCGGGCAUCGUCUAAGCUGGAACUGACCGUGACGCCGUUUUACACAUCUUUGAACACUGGAGAGCGCAAUACCGAGACGACUCUUAGUGGCCCACUUGCCGACUACCUUCUGCAGCUGUUUCUCUCGUUGCGCACAGCUGCUGAGCUGCCAGAUAUGGCCCUUGCGGCUCGCUUGUCAUCCUCCAGCAUCGUAUCUGUUCCCGCUACACUCCCAUCCGCUGCCGGAUCAGCUGGAUCAGCGCGUUCCGCGAAUCUUCUUGCAUCCUCGCGCACUGAUUGGUCGCACGGCCUUAGCCUGCGAUCGCUGUCGUCAGUCGCUGCUAACGUGUCGAGAAGUCGAAGCAGCGUCAGCACGAUCAAGUGCAUGGCGGAGGCGUCGCAAACCACUGCCGCUGCGGUCUCGUCGCCAGCCACUGGCCUCCGCGUGUUCCGGCUCGCUGACCUGGCAGAGGAUGACGUGGCACAGCUGCUCACCAGGCCACGCAUAGACUUCACCUCAAUCUUCAGCACGGUGGGUCCGAUAGUGGAGGAUGUGAGGCAACGGGGCGACGAGGCUGUUAAAGAGUACACGGAGAGGUUUGACCGAGUCAAACUGGAUGACGUGGUGGUCAGAGUGGCAGAGCUGCCUGACCCCGAGCUGCCUGCUGACGUGGCAGCAGCGUUUGACGUGGCGUUCAGCAACAUCCACAAGUUCCACCAAGCACAGAUGCCGUCCAGCUCGUUCCAAGUGGAGACCAUGCCGGGCGUGGUGUGUGGGCGAGUGGCGAGGCCCAUAGAGCGAGUGGGGCUGUACGUGCCCGGAGGUACUGCUGUGCUGCCCUCCACUGCCCUCAUGCUCGCCGUGCCGGCAGGCAUAGCAGGCUGCACCACUGUGGUGGUCGCCACUCCGCCUCGCCCUGACGGCUCAAUCUGCCCGGAGGUGCUCUACUGCUGCAAGAAGGCCGGCGUUACUCACAUUCUGAAGGCGGGAGGGGCCCAGGCUGUUGCGGCCAUGGCAUGGGGCACAGCCACCUGCCCCAAGGUGGACAAGAUAUUUGGCCCGGGCAACCAGUACGUGACAGCAGCCAAGAUGGCGCUACAGACCAGUGAGGCCAUGGUCUCUAUCGACAUGCCUGCUGGGCCCUCCGAAGUACUUGUGAUAGCGGACGAGACGGCUUCUCCCUCCCACGUCGCUGCAGAUUUGCUGUCUCAGGCAGAGCACGGGCCGGACAGUCAAGUGGUGCUGGUGACGGUGGGUGAGGGGGUGGAUCUGGCAGCCAUCGAAGCAGAGGUGGAGCGGCAGAGGGGGGAGCUGCCUCGAGGGGACGUUGCUGCCAAAGCGCUGAGCCACUCUUAUGUGGUGGUGGCAGCUGAUAUCAACGAGGCAUGCCUCUUCUCCAACCGCUAUGCCCCCGAGCAUCUCAUCAUCAACGCCGCACAGGCAGUGGACUGCUUGCCCCUCAUCCGCAACGCUGGGUCCGUCUUCCUGGGACCAUGGACCCCGGAGAGUGUGGGGGACUACGCCAGCGGCACCAACCACGUGCUACCCACCUACGGCUACGCACGCAUGUACGGGGGCGUGUCUCUUGACGCCUUUUUCAAGCACAUCACCGUGCAGUCUCUCUCUGCCUCGGGCCUGCAGCUGCUGGGUCCCUCGGUGGCAAAGAUGGCCGAGUCUCUCUCUGCCUCGGGCCUGCAGCUGCUGGGUCCCUCGGUGGCAAAGAUGGCCGAGUCUCUCUCUGCCUCGGGCCUGCAGCUGCUGGGUCCCUCGGUGGCUAAGAUGGCCAAGGUGGAAGGGCUGGAGGCACACAGGCGUGCGGUUACGCUACGGCUAGCAGACAUCGAGGCUGCUUCCCAGUGA